ACCAUCGGGGACGCGUACUGCGUGGCGGGCAACCUACACCGCCGCAGUUGCUGGCACGCCCACCAGGUGGCGUGGAUGGCGCUCCAGAUGAUGUGCUCCUGCUCCUCCCACACCACCCACGACGGCCAGCCCAUUCAGAUGCGGAUCGGGCUCCACACGGGACCAGUGUUGGCUGGCGUUGUGGGCACCGUGAUGCCUCGAUACUGCAUGUUCGGCUCCAACGUAACCAUCGCCAACCAGUUCGAAUCCACAUCCGAACCUCUCAGGAUCAACAUCAGCCCAACUACACACAGAUUUCUGGCGACUACCCCGGGCUGGUCCUUCACCCGGCGGGACCGCAGCUGCCUCCCCAAGACCUUCCCGCCAGACGAGCCCGGGUGCCCCUACUUCCUGGACCAGUACACCAACCCGGACGUCAGGCCCAGAGCGCCCCUCAGCGACCACAUAGAGCGGGCGCUCAGAGACAUGCAACUAGACACGUCCUGA